AUGUUGUUCCGCCAGCAAUUGGCAAGGAACGUUGCCAAUGCCGAGCAGGCUUAUAAUGCUGAGACACAGCAGAUGGUGCAGGCUUGGGCAGCUGAGGUCAAGGAAAAGUUCAUGGCAGAAUGUGAGGCUGCAUCCCACCGCCGGGAGCUUUCAUUCACAAUGCUGGUUGUCCAACCGGACCACCUGACCCGCAGGCGUGUUGAUCACCACCUGUUGAUGGCACAGCUCAGGGGCAUCCUUGCGGAGUUGGGUUUCGGUUUCAAAGAUGGAACUCUUACCGGUUUCCAGAAGGAAGCUAUCUUGCAGGCUGACGAGUUUGGCAACCUUCAAGACCUUCAUCGCGCCAAGAUGACUGGACACUGGGCCGGGAAUGAAACGUCUAGGAGUUCUGACCGAGCCAAUGGUGGCACCUGGGCACACUGCCCCAUCUGCCACGAGAACGGCCCCGCUGUGGUCCUGGUUCCCUGUGGUCAUGUGGUCUGCCGGGAGUGCCACCGCUGUCAGCAGCUGCAUCAGUGCCCCAUGUGCCGAGAGGUGACCACCUCAGUUACCAGAGGUCUCUUUGUGCAGGCGGCUUCUCCUCUACCGGAGGCUUCUCCUCAACCUGAUCCUUUUGAUGAUCCCUGGGCUUCCACGUGGAGAAGCCCUGCUUUGACCCCUGACUUGGAGAUGGCCUUUGCUCAGAAGUUGGCAAGAAACGUCAACGCCUACGGUGCCGAAACGCAGCAACUGAUGCAAGAGGCGGUUGCUACGAAAAAGAGCUACUUCAUGCAACACUGUGAACGCGCAUCCAAGGAGGGGAAGUAUUCUUUCACUGGCAACUUUGAAGUUGAGGGAAAGGUAGUGAAUAGGCAGGAUUACAGCCGUGAAAAAAUGCGGGACCUACUCAAAGAGGGCCUGGCAGAUCUGGGGCUCCAACGCUUUGAUGUCAAGCAUUUGCACGGCGGUGCAAAUUUUGAAAUGAGUGCCACAUGGACAGCAGAUGCUGAGACUUCCCGCAAGGGGGAGAGCAUCAACCCUUGCUCCGGUGGUACCUGCGUGACGUGUCCCAUCUGUCACGAGCAUCGCCCAGCCGUGGUCCUGGUGCCCUGCGGACAUGUGGUCUGCCGCGACUGCCAUCGUUCCAAACAGCUGCGCCAGUGCCCCAUGUGCCGCAAGGUGAUCACUUCGGCCACCCAAGGGCUCUUCAUGGAUUGCCACCUGAAGGCACGGGGAUGGGGAGCAGACGCCUACGCCGUACAUGCCAAUUCCUUACCAAUUGCAGCAGCACUGAUUCUUGGAGUUGAUGGCUUGGCCUCGACCACCACUUUUUGCGAAGCGGCGUGCCAUGAUGCAACUGUGCAGGGCACUCGAUUUAUGAAAUACUUCGCCGCCCCGGCCGGCAACGCCACAGCCACAGUUGGUGGUAGACCAAUCCCGAGUUUUGGCAACGCAACAAAACCGACAGACCUCGCUGCCGCAGAGCCAUUAAUACCAUCGACCUGCGGAUGGAAGGCCCCUUAUGCCUGCGGCUGCGCGGAUGACGACAAUGACAUUGCGACCAUGCGCCGAAUACUUUGGAAUCAAACAGCUUUGGAGUUGCUGAACGCUGGGCUUAGCCAGCCAAAGUACGAAAAACAUAGCAACUACACGUUCCUACAAGUGCAUGAGGCGGGCUUUGAAGAGCUUCGCCGUAGGUUUGCUGUUUUUUUUGAAAAUCAAGCGGCAUCCAAUAUUUUGUGUGAACACGUUGUCAUCAAGGUGAGUAUUUUUCCCAAAACGCAACUUUCGCGGCGCAGAAUUCAUGAUGUGGAAACUAAGAUAGGUGACACUUACACAGGCCCCAGAGGCUGCGGAAUCUACGUCUUGAGCGAUUGGCAGAUUGCAGCUAUGAAGAGAACAAAUGUAAAUGGUUGGAAUACCCUGGCAUUUCCCACCGAUGAUUUCGUUUCAAACCUGACAAAGAUUGGGAACGAGUCGGAAGCAAACGGGCUCUCCAACGAGCUUCAGCGCUUCUUCAAUAUUCUCAAGAUCACUGUGGGUUUCCUUGUCCCUUCGAGCGUCAACAAAGUCACCUUUGGUGAUUGGAAGUGCAACGUGGUGGGUUUCCACCAAGACUCUGAACGGUCCAACAGGAGCAACAUCAGUGACUUUGAGGUGGUUAGGCAUCGUAAAAAUUUCAACAAGAGUCUUGAGUCUGAGUGGAUUGAUAAUCAUGGACGUGUGUUUUCAAGACACGAGUGGGCAGCCCUCCGAGACAUUGAGAGGCUGAAGUUAUUUUUAGGCCCUAACGUGAUAAAGCGCACUGUAAACAUGUCUGACAUUAUGUGUACAACAUGGCAUCUAGGACGGAAAAGACAAGCUCUGGCACGCUUUGCCUUGAGAUGGUUUUGGUAUACUGCUGCUUUUACAAUGCGGCCCCAACUGACUUACAACUUGGCUUUGUUUGAUUGUGGAGAAAGCUUGGCUGUGAAUUACCCGAAACAAACCUGGUAUUGUGGCUUCUGAAGAACAUCAUCUCUGCCGACACGGAGCUCCACGGCGGGUUCCAACUGCCGUGAAAUGACACAUGAUAAUUUGUUUUCUAGGUGCCUUCCAGCUGCCAUUUGAGCUGCUUUCAAAGAUUCAAUUCAAAGCAGGUAAGCACGUGGUCAAAAGCUGAGGCUUCAUGUGGGUCCUUUGGUCUUGGUUUGCUGGCGAACCUUCUGCUCAUGUUCAAUAGGAGCCAAUGGAAAAAGCCCAGAGAUGGGAUGAGAUUGGAUUGAUUGUAGAUGGGUCCGUAGGUGACAAACCAUGUCGAAUCUGAAUGGCCCUGGCAACCAGGUGGACCCGGGAAUUUGGCGCUUUGCGAAGG